UCGAGGACAUAUGGCACGUGAUUGUCCAAAUCAACGUGUAAUGAUUAUCACGGACAGCGGGGAUUAUGAAUCAAUGGACGAGGCUGAUGUUGCAGACCUUGAAGAGGAGAUAGAAUACCCGGAUAGUGGAGAAUUGCUAGUCACAAGGCGUGUUCUUAGCACCAUUGUAGAUCUCAACGAAACUGCUCAACGAGAAACGAUCUUCCACACCAAGUGUACGGUGAAAGGAAAGGUAUGUGGUCUUAUUAUUGACAGUGGUUCUUGUACUAACGUUGCUAGCACCUAUAUGGUUAAAAAGCUAGGUCUUGAGACAUCAAAGCACCCGCAUCCUUACAAGCUACAAUGGUUGAACAACCAAGGAGAGCUUAAGGUAACCGAACAGGUUAAGGUUCUAUUCAGCAUUGGUAAGUACCAAGAUGAAGUUUUAUGCGAUGUUGUGCCAAUGCAAGCCGGACACAUGCUGUUGGGUCGACCUUGGCAGUUUGAUCGAGAGAGAUAGGUGCACAAGAACUUCCAGCAAGGAUCACACAACUUCUGGAGCGCUUCAAGGACCUCUUCCCCGAAGAAGCACCCACCGGUUUGCCUCCAAUCAGGGGCAUUGAGCAUCAAAUUGAUUUUAUUCCUGGGGCACCUUUACCAAACAGACCCGCCUACCGGAUGAACCCGGAGGAAACUAAGGAGCUUCAAAGACAAGUUCAAGAACUCUUGGAGAAAGGCUAUAUCCGUGAAAGCCUUAGUCCUUGUGCCGUGCCGGUCUUGUUGGUACCCAAGAAGGACGGAACAUGGAGAAUGUGCGUGGACUGUCGUGCAAUAAACAACAUCACCAUCAAGUACAGACAUCCAAUUCCACGCCUUGAUGACAUGCUUGAUGAAUUAAGUGGAGCAACCAUUUUCUCUAAGGUUGAUCUCAAGAGCGGAUACCAUCAAGUGCGAAUGCGGGAAGGUGAUGAAUGGAAGACGGCAUUUAAGACAAAACAAGGACUCUAUGAGUGGCUUGUCAUGCCAUUCGGUCUUACCAACGCACCUAGCACCUUCAUGCGGCUCAUGAACCAUGUUCUACGAGCCUA